AUGACCGCUUUCCUAGCGACCGCCAUCGCUGUCGAGUCUCCAGCGUGUGCCCGGGAUAUCCAGGCGUUGAAUGAAGACCUUGUUAUAGCCGUAAUUGUACUUAUUCUUUUUGCCUUGUUCAAAUCCGGCCAUCUUGGCCAACUAUGGGCGACCUACCGGCCGCAGCUUCCUGCUCAUUCAUGUCCUCGUCCAGCACCACAAGCCGCAUCAGCAUCAGCAUCAGAAUCGGCAUCGGCAUCAUCACAAAAUGCAACUAUCCCUGCAGCUGCUACUGCGCGGGCACCCACAACCACCACAAACGUCACUGCUCUCGCUACUGCUGCUUAUAUCAAUACUGUUGCUCCUACUGUUACCGCCAACACUACUACCUCCACUACUACUACUAUCAGCACUGUCCAAUACCUACAACAAUACAAUCAAUACUUACUACGAUAUGAUCAAUACUUACUACGAUACGAUCAAUACUUGUCUCUAUACCGCCGCUAA